CAAGAAUUUAUGCACAUGUAAUAAUUGCAUGAGAGGUGUAUAAAAGUGCAUGUGCCUUCAUUCUGUGCAUGAUACUGAAUUGCAAGAAGCAUUAUACCAAUAAUGAAUUGUCUACUGUGGACCUCAGUUACUGUCCUGAGCCUGAUUUGGGCUGUUGGAGGACAAUCAACUGGAAGCCUGAGGCUAGUAGGCAGCUUUAGUCGAACAGGAGGCUCCUCUGGCAGACUGGAGGUCUAUUACAAUGGUCGAUGGGGGACAGUGUGUGACGACAGCUUCGGUAUAAAUGAUGCAAGAGUGGCUUGUCGUCAACUAGGGUUCUCAAGCUACAGCCGAUACGGAACAGUUGGAAGGCUAGGUUUCUCCCAAGCUUCACUAUCUACUCGGAUAUGGCUGGACGAGCUUCGUUGUCGUGGAUCUGAGAGCAGACUCAUUAAUUGUCCUGCUAACCCUAUCGGAGAUGAAGAUUGCACCCAUUCAAAAGACGUGGCCUUGGUCUGUACGGCAAGAACUACAAGCCCUUCAAGUGGAGACCUGAGGCUGGUAGGCAACUCAGGUCGAACAGGAGGCUCCUCUGGUAGACUGGAGUUCUAUUACAAUGGACAAUGGGGAACAGUGUGUAAUGACAGCUUCGGUGCAAGUGAUGCAAGGGUGGCUUGUCGUCAACUAGGGUACAGCUCGACCUCCAUUCAAUACGGAACAGUUGAAACGCUAGGUUUCUCCACAGCUUCAUCAACCACUCGGACAUGGCUGGACGAGCUUCGUUGCUCAGGAUCUGAGAGCAGACUCAUUAAUUGUCCUGCUAGCCCUAUCGGAGUAGAAGAUUGCACCCAUUCAGAAGAUGUGGCCUUGAUCUGUACUACAGGUUCGGUGUCCACUGUUUCGAUCAGUAUUGGAGUGACUAUUCCGGUCAUCAUCAUCGUAGUUGUGAUCGUCGUCUUGUUUUCUGGUUUUGCAAGGAAAAGACGUCGUCUGGCUAAUUACCCACGCUACGCUUCCGUAAUCAGUAACGUUACGUCGACAGUCUCGGGAUCAAACACACAAGAUACAUAUCCCUUGCAGCCACCCAUCGACCAAAAUUCUCAAUAUUCGAAUCAAGCCCCCCCUCCAAAUAUACAUGCGCCUCAACCAGCAGCUGCCUACCCGACUGGACAAUAUGCUGGCCCCCAGUAUCCCACGUCCUACCCUCAGCAACCCCCAGCCUCGUAUGUCACUGCUCAGUACCCCACGGAAAAAAAUCCCCAGCAUAUCUGAACUAAGUAUGGGUACCACCACCCAUGCACCAAGUAUUAACUGAAAUUGAUGUAAUAACUAAAAGUAGUGAAAUGUACGACUGAUAGUAAUAGCUAGAAAAUUAGUGUCAGAUCUGCUGUAUACGUAGUUUCAUAGCAUAUUAAUUCUUGUCCUCUCUCAUUUGUUAUAUUUUAGUGUGACUGUCGGUUGUUUUAUCACAAAAUCUGAUGGUAACAUCAUGCUGUGAACAAUAAAAUGGUAUUCAAAGAA